GACACUGCAUGCCAUUUCCCACUCGGCCAGAGGACGGGACACGGUGAGGAGCUGCGGCGUCUCUCAUUCUACCCCCUUUUCCUGUCGUCACCCCCAUUGUCCUUGUUGUUUAGUUGCCUUUUCUGUAGUUUGUUUGCACGGUUACAUAGUUUAAGUCAUGUAUCGGUAUUUUGGGGAACUGUUGAGCCGCUCUGCGGGUAGUGCCCUGGCCUCGGGGUGCGUGGAAUCCGCUCUCCCGGCGUCCUCUUCCCUGAUGCGGGUCCGUCGCUAUGCCGACGCAGCGGACCAGCCCGAUGACCCCAACUUCUUUAGGAUGGUUGAGGGCUUUUUCGACCGCGGUGCCGCCAUCGUAGAGGACAAGCUGGUGGAGGACCUGAAGACCAGGGAGAGCCCAGAGCAGAAGCGGAACCGUGUGCGGGGCAUCCUGCGCAUCAUCAAGCCCUGCAAUCACGUCCUGAGCGUGUCUUUCCCUAUCAAGAGGGAUAACGGAGAGUGGGAGGUGGUGGAGGGCUACCGCGCCCAACACAGCCAGCACAGGACACCGUGCAAAGGGGGUAUCCGUUACAGUACAGAUGUGUCUGUGGAUGAGGUGAAAGCCCUGGCCUCUCUGAUGACCUACAAAUGUGCCGUUGUUGAUGUGCCAUUUGGGGGAGCCAAAGCUGGAGUCAAGAUCAACCCUAGGAAUUACUCUGAUAAUGAGCUGGAGAAAAUUACCAGGAGAUUCACUAUUGAACUGGCCAAGAAGGGCUUCAUUGGCCCUGGCAUCGAUGUCCCUGCUCCGGACAUGAGCACAGGAGAGAGGGAAAUGUCCUGGAUCGCCGACACAUAUGCAAACACUAUUGCACAUACUGACAUCAACGCCCAUGCAUGUGUGACAGGAAAGCCUAUCAGCCAGGGAGGAAUCCACGGUCGUAUCUCAGCCACCGGUCGUGGAGUUUUCCACGGCAUUGAGAACUUCAUUAAUGAGGCGUCUUACAUGAGCAUGCUGGGCUUGACUCCUGGUUUCCAGGACAAGACCUUCAUCAUCCAGGGCUUUGGAAAUGUGGGUCUCCACUCCAUGAGGUACCUGCACAGGUUUGGGGCCAAGUGUGUGGGCAUCGGUGAGAUUGAUGGAGCCAUCUACAACCCAGAUGGCAUCGACCCCAAACAGCUGGAGGACUACAAAUUGCAACACGGCACCAUUGUGGGCUUCCCGGGAGCUAAACCGUAUGAAGGGAAAAUUUUGGAAGCCGACUGCCACAUCCUGAUUCCUGCAGCUGGAGAAAAGCAGCUCACACGUCAAAAUGCCCCCAAGAUCAAGGCCAAAAUUAUUGCUGAGGGUGCCAAUGGUCCUACCACCCCAGAUGCUGAUAAGAUCUUCCUGGAGAACAAUGUCAUGGUUAUUCCUGACAUGUACUUGAAUGCUGGUGGUGUGACGGUUUCUUAUUUCGAGUGGCUGAAGAAUCUCAACCAUGUCAGCUAUGGAAGGCUAACCUUCAAAUAUGAGAGGGACUCAAACUACCACCUGCUCAUGUCUGUUCAGGAAAGUUUAGAGAGGAAGUUUGGCAAGCAGGGAGGACCCAUCCCCAUCGUACCUACUGCUGACUUCCAGGCCAGAGUCGCUGGUGCCUCAGAGAAGGACAUUGUUCACUCUGGCUUGGCUUACACUAUGGAGAGAUCUGCUCGGCAAAUCAUGCGCACAGCAAGCAAGUACAACCUCGGUCUGGACCUGCGGACAGCUGCUUACGUGAACGCCAUCGAGAAGGUCUUCAAGGUCUACAACGAGGCUGGGCUCACCUUCACAUAAAUGGCUGACAAGGAUCCACACUACUCUCCCUUCCUCCACCCUCCUGCUGUCAAUGCCCCUCUCCUGCCUUCCUCCACCUCUACAACAGCCUUCAGAACAUAUCAAUGUUUACUGCUGCUCCUUGGCUCCUUUCACACGCAUGCAGCGACACACUGGCUUGCCUCGUAGUUGUCUCAUGAUCUUUGUGCUGCCAGUCUAUCUCUGCAGUGCUUUUUAAAUAUUGUCUUGUUCUUGUUUUUGCCUGAGGUUAUAGACAGACAGAAGACUCCAUCCCAUGAACAUAUAAAUGUUUGCUAGGCAGCCACGUUUUUAGCUCUGUUUGAUCGCUGAAUGCAUGUGUGCCCCUCCUGUUGCAGCUGUUUCAGUCGGCAGCACUACAGAUGCCUUAUUUUAAAAGGUCUGCUCUAAAAGGGAGAUGGCCACUUCAGUCUAAUUUUAAUUCAAAGGGAUGUAGAUUUAACUUCAUAUGAGUAAGAGAAAAUAGUACUUGAGUGUGUAUUCUCACUCUUAAGGUGUGAAAGUUAUAGCGAUGAUGUUGCCAAGCUUUAGAAUUCACAACAAGGAUUUAUUUCUUCAUAGUUGGUCUUAUGUUCCUCGUCCCGCUCGUUUUUCUGCCUUUCCUGCUGCGUCAUCUUAAAUGCAGCUUCUCCUCGACUCCUCCGCUGGCCAAGACAGAGGAGCUGGGAUGGUGUCACUGUGAUCACCCAGUCCCUGGCUGAGUAUUCCUGUUUAACUGUCCAGCUCCUCAGCAUUGCAGUUAUUUUUGGAGGAAAUUACAUUUUUAUUUUUACUGUAUUCAUUUUU